ACAAGCAACGGCCGAGUCGGGCCGCCAAACCCGGGCCCGAACGGCCCCGUCCCACCGGGCCGGCCAAUGGAGAAGCCGGCAGGAUGGACUGUCCCGCGCUGCCUCCCGGUUGGAAGAAGGAAGAGGUGAUCCGCAAGUCGGGCCUGAGCGCCGGGAAAAGCGAUGUGUACUACUUCAGCCCCAGCGGGAAGAAAUUUCGCAGCAAGCCGCAGCUGGCGCGCUACCUGGGCAACGCCGUGGACCUGAGCUCCUUCGAUUUCCGCACGGGGAAGAUGAUGCCCAGCAAGCUGCAGAAGAACAAGCAGAAGCUCAGGAACGAUGCUCUCAACCCCAACAAAGGCAAACCCGACCUGAACACCACCCUCCCCAUCCGCCAAACCGCCUCCAUUUUCAAGCAGCCGGUGACCAAGGUGACGAAUCACCCGGGCAACAAAGUCAGGAGUGACCCUCAAAGAAUGAGUGAUCAGCCCAAACAGCUUUUUUGGGAGAAGCGGCUGCAGGGCCUGAGCGCGUCGGACGUGAGCGAGGAAAUCAUCAAAUGCAUGGAGCUGCCCAAGGGACUGCAGGGAGUUGGGCCAGGAGCCAGCACAGAAUCUCUGCUGUCGGCCGUGGCCAGCGCCCUGCACACCAGCUCGGCUCCCAUCACCGGCCAGAACUCGGCGGCCGUGGAGAAAAAUCCGGGGAUUUGGCUGAACACGGCGCAGCCCCUGUGCAGGGCAUUCGUGGUCACUGAUGAGGACAUCAGGAAACAAGAGGAAAGGGUUCAGGCGGUGAGGAAGAAGUUGGAGGAGGCGCUUUUGGCCGAUGUUCUGUCCAGGAAUUGUGAAAAUCAGGAGAAAAACGAGGCGGAAAAUGGGAAUGAAAGUUAAAACUGCUUUGGUG